GCUCGGCUCGGUCAGCCUUGCUGCCCGGGAGCCGGCGGGGGAUCCGGCCCUGCGGGGGUUUCGGCGUCUGUUAGUUCUCUGUCGGUUGAGACGUACCUGCGGGUGUGGUAGGAAGAGGCUGCUGAAGGCCCUGGCGGCAGAGAUUUCUUUGUAGCUCCGGAGAGGGCGAGAAGCAGAAGGACUCGAUUCAAUCACCCUAUAAGGACCAAUGUACCCAAUAGCUCAUGGAAGAAAAAAAUCAAACCAGGACAUCCUUGGUUUCCAGGCUACCGAAAUAUGGAAUGAAAACUUUAGGAAAUGUCUUGCAACCUGUGCCAAAUGGGGCAGCUGUUGGUUUAGCAGGGACUAAUGGUGGCAAAAGCUUCAGCAAGCACAAUGGCACCGUGCGCAUGUCUUCCUAUUCUUUCAACUGGAAAAAAUCAAAUAAAUAUCAACAUCAUGAUCAAAACGAGAGAGAGACCAACUCUAAAUAUAAUUGUAACGAAAAAUUAAUUGAUUCCGAGAGGUAUUCUCAGACUCAAGGAGCGCUGGGUAACAAUCUGCUCAGGGUGGGUUUGAACAGUACUUCGGUUGCCUCAAAAGCAGCAAAGCAAACCAGUAUGUUUGUAUCUAAUGCUGAGGAAUUAAACCCAAAGUCUUUGCCUGGACUUUCUGGUUCAGCAAAAUUCACCAAAGGCACCCUGUCAGGGAGGACCUCGUAUUCUGGACUCAGUGCUCCAAAAUCCAAUUUAAAUGGAUUUUAUGGAAACAGGCCAGUGGUAGGCUUGCAGAGACCUAGAUCUAAUUCCAGUGCCACAAGGACAAGUUCAGGAGAAAGCCUGGCACAAUCUACAGACAGUAGCAAGGCUUUUUCCUGUGAAAAAAUGGUAAGAUCACAAAGUUUUUCACAUUCCAUUCAGAAUUCUUUCCUUCCCACUGCAUCUUUAACCAGGUCACAUUCCUUUAACAAAGCUGUGGAUCUUACAAGGCCUUAUCAUAGUCAAAAUGUAGCUGCCAGGACAUCUCAGAGAUCGACUUUGUUGUCAAGAAGUGCCCGCCAGUUGGAUGUACCAAAUGGAAAUGAACCUGUGAAGUAUGGAUUUACCAGGCCGUACUCUGGCACAUCAGCUCCUUGUUCAAAGAAGCCCCCACUGUCAAAUGGAUCUGGGUCAGCACCAUCUUUUGGAUACAGAUUGAGUCGGCCUUCUCUGCUGAAGCCCACCAGGCAGCGAUUUGCUGGAAGCACCAUUGUGGAUGGCAGCAAAAGUACAACUCCUGACACAUCCCUCAUGGAGACCUCCGAAAUUUCAACAAAUAUUAACAGAGCAAUUGAGAAAAGCAGCAUUAUAGAGAGCAGUGCUCAAAGAACAGCAUCUGAUGAGGGCCUGCAUGAAAGUAUGGGAAAACAUGGAUCAAAAGUCAUGUGUAUGAGUGAUGAUGGAGAUGAAAUAUCUAUAUCUUCUUUGUCAUCAUCUGAAAAAAAUGAUUUGAGUGAAGACUUCAGUGAUGAUUUCAUAGAUAUAGAAGACCCCAACAGAACUACACAAAUAGAGCAAAAGGAAAGCUGCCUUCAAGAGUUAGAGCACAUGAGCAUCACAUCCAUCGAGCCGUUCACUUCUCUCAAGGAAGGUGGAGGAUCUUGUGGUAAUGCUGAUGACUGGCUUGAUAUAAACGUGUCUGCAGUGGAUGACAACAGUGAAAGCACAAAGCAUACUGCCAAGAGUGUGAUUUCUCCAGAGAUGAAUUACAGAGCUGGGUCAUCUUUUGAGCUUUCUCCAUCUGACAGCUCUGAUGGCACGUAUAUGUGGGAUGAAGAAGGAUUGGAACCUAUUGGAAGUGUCCAUCCUUGUGGAAGUUACGAAUCUUCAGAAAUGAACAGCAUAGAUAUCUUGAAUAAUCUUGAUUCAUGUGAUCUUGAGGAUGAUGAUCUCAUGCUUGAUGUGGACCUACCUGAGGACCCACCUCAUGAUAAGGAGGAAUGUGAAAAUAUGAGCCGUUAUGAUAGACAAGACAGAAAUGCUAGGCAACAUCAGGAAGGUUUCUGGAAAAGACCACCACAACAGCGGUGGAAUACACAGGAUCACUAUCAUCUUGGCCACACUGAUCACUAUAUCCAUGGUAAAAAUGACUUGAACAGGGGAUCGAAAUACCUAGAAUCUCCUGUUGGUCACUUGGAAAGCUAUGGAGCACCGAAUUUUUAUCAGGCUCCUAGACAGCUGGUGGGUUUAGCAGAGAACACUGUGAUGCUGGAUGAAAUGACACUUCGGCACAUGGUCCAGGACUGCACAGCUGUAAAAACUCAGUUAUUGAAGCUGAAGAGAUUAUUGCACCAGAAUGAUGAAAAUAUAUCACUCCAGGACAUCCCACUCUCACUUCCACCAAGUCCAGAACCACGAGAACCUGAGACAACUUUCAAGAUGGAUGAUCUGCUGAAUGAGAUCAGGCAGCUGAAAGAUGAACUGAAGAAAAAGGAUGAAACAAUCAACCAGUUAGAGCAUCAACUUGCCACUAGAUGUAACUGCCAGAAAGACAGUCAAAAACCUGCAGGGACAACGUGUAUGUACGCUGAUAAAUUUACCCAAACCUCCUGGAGGAGGAGUUCUCCUCAAGUACUACAGCCUUCCAGCAGCCUUCCCAGUUCCACAGACCUCGCCCAGGGAAAACUAAUAAAAAUGCCACAUAUCGAGGCCCACAGUGAAUAUCCUAAACAUGGUCUGCAUGCAAAUAGCAAUCAUCAAAAUCAAAAUGCUGCAAAUAUCUCUCUCAUAAACAGCCUGAAUGAUGCAAACUCUUUAAUGAGCGUACAGUCACGCAUAAAAGAUAAGAAUACAUCAUAUUUGGAAAAUUUGAAGAAUAGAAAUACUGAAGACCCUGGAGAGAUGGCCAGUAAUGAAGAAGGUGCACUAUCAUCUUGUUCCUGUUUUCAGACCUCUACAGGAGCUGAUGACAGAGAGGUGCAGACUGAAUUAGCUGUGAAAAGUCAACCCUCUUUCACAAAUCAGGCUUCUCGGCCAAAGACUUUAAGAAUAGCAAAGCCCCCAAAUGCUUUAGUGCCUCCUACAAUGGCCGUUCUCGCACGAUCUGCAAAUCAUUCCUCUGCUUCCAAGGAACAUGAGCUUCUACCAUCAAGUAGUUCAACUCCGCUACAGUCAACAUCUGGUCAGGAUAACCUAAAGGGUAAACAGAGUCAGAAAGUGUCUAAACUUCGUCCACCAACUAUGUCCUUUGUUAAAUCUAAGCAAGUGAGCAGUCAGAAAUCCACACCAGUAUCUGCAGAGCCUCAAAACACCUGCAUGAAGACUAACAUCCCAAAGCCACCAGUACAGAGAAAGGAAGGUGUGCAAACACAGGGUAUUGGUUUGCAUUCUGGGGACAGUUUGCCCUCUAAUCGGCAUUCCCGCCUCCCUAAGCCAAAGACACAUUGAGAACGUUCCUACAUCUCAUUGAAUGAUGCCAUACAUUAAACUGCUUCCUGUGUCUUGACUGCCUUUGAGCCUCCUUCACCUACAAGCCUGCAAAUCCUGAGUGAAUAUUCAAAUAGCAUCUUUAUUUAGUGUUUGCAUACUCCAUCCUGUUAUGUUCUGAGGCUCAUAUUCUGAGCUGAGCAGUUUCUAUUCAGAGUGUUUUCUUAUAUUGUAGGUCUGUCUUAAAGAUUGUAUUGCCCAGUGAUCUUAGUAAGUAAGCAAUUACUAAAGUCUGAUGUGACCACGAAUACCAGAAUGCUGCACUAUGUAUUUGAGGAUGGCAGGAAUAAUUUCUUACCUCUGAGUUACUAGACAAUGAAAUUACUUUUUGGUUUAACUUCUUGGUUCUGAGUACUCGUUAGGUUAGAGCGGUGGAAAUUAGGCUGAGUAGCAGAUGUUUUAUUGGCCAUAAUUCUGACUCUGUAUUCCAGAAGCCUAUGCAAAAAUCCUUGUAUUUAUAAUUAUCUCAAGACUCACCUAUUUAAUGUUAUUUAAUCUGAUGGGUUGGGUGGGUUGCGUUGUUUUGUUUUGCUGUAAUCUGAAGUUGCUUUGUUCUUUAUUUAUCCCAUUUUCACGGUUCACGGACAAUAAGCAGAUUUCACAGGGUGAAAUGAAUCUUCUCAAAUAUCAUUUGUUACAAGACUGUGGUAUGUUUUUAUUGUGUUGAAUAGACACAUUGCCGGUAGAUUCUUGAAACGCAGUGCUAAGGAUACUUGUGCAAAACCUUCCAAUACAGGCUCUCAUUAAUUGAUAAGUAGGGAGCCUCUGGGAAUGAGGGGUCCAUAACACCUAUGUUGACAUUGCACAACAUGCAUUUUAAUUAAUAGUUUUUAACUUUUAUUGUACUAUUUUUAUUUAUUGAAUUCUGUUUAAUAUUGAAAGACUCUGAAGUACCUGACUUGAAAUUUUGCACAAACUUUGCCAUAUGUGUAAGCAUUUGAAGCUAUUUUACAGAAUAAAACUUGUAUUAAAAAGCAACUAUUUUUAAAACAAAAUAAUUAAUUAACCCCACUUACUUGCUUUGAGCAGUCUUAUUAAAUCCUAAUCCAGAGCUGGUACUCUUAAGAGUUUUUCAGAGAUGUGUAUUUUGGUUUUGGGUUUUUUGUAAGUUUUUUUGUGUGUAAUUUCUAAAGAAGUGCAUGAUAACUGGGAAGGAGCUUUUUGGGGAAAUAAAGACAAAAAAAAAACAAAACACAAAACCAAACCAAACCAACACCAAACAUUUUCUGCUCUCUAGAAGUAGUAUUUUUUUCUGAAAGUGGGAUCUGGAAGUACGUGCCCAUCAUGGUGCAACUAUGGGACCAUGACAUGUGUGCUGUGAGAUAAAUAUGUCCAUAUCCAGUGAAGCUUUCCAGAAACUUAUGUCCCAUCUUCAGUUCUUCCCUUCUUUCCCACCACUGUCUCUUGGAUGUUACUAUUGGGGUUUUUUUUCUCUUCUUGAAUUGGUUUUAAAAUCAGCAGCAGAAGGCUCUUAAAAUUACUUUUCUCAAAAUCUGUUCUGAAGAGCAUAUAAUGUCAGUAAAAUGAAAUGUAGUAAUAAUUUGUUCUAAGCUUGGCUACAGGACAUUGACAUAUUACAGUAUUUUCUUUGAGAGAAUUAAAGUGAGUAGGUACAGACUUUUCAUAAAUAAAUUCAAUAAUCAACUUUUGUAAUAUAAGUCCUAUAAUUAGGGGUAUCCUGAUGAAUACCUUGAAAAGGAAAAAUAAUUAAAUCUCAGAUGAAUUUUUCAGUAGGUAGAUAAUGUCCAAGAAAGUUUUUGGAUUUGUCACAAUAAAUUAUUUUAACUGACAAUGAAGUGGAAAAAUUAAAAGCUUGGGGAAAAACGGUUAGGGGGGAGGUUCUAUUUCAGAAAUGCUUAUGUCAAUCUGAAAUAAGAGACCUGCAGGACUUCCUGUUACCUGUGGUGAAGACAAUGUAAGCAAGAAGUAAGAAGGUAACAUUAAGUGUUACAGUUGAUAGAAGGUGAAAAUACCUACAGUUCAAGAUUGCUGUAACAAUUACUUUCCAGGAAAAAUUAUUUCUUUCCUUGAAAAGCAUUGAAUGAGAUGGGCCUCAGUAUAAGCAUUUGCUUUUGUUAAAUUAAAAAAAAAACAACAAACAAAACUGACUUUCUGUAUUCCCCAAAAACUAGCUCCUGGCAGCUAACUGUGUUUCUCAGGAGUUUUAAAAACUGCUGACGGAAUGAACAGGUUCCUGAUUUCUUUUCUGGUCCAUAUAGAUUUCUAUGGAAGGUUUGUGGGGUUUUUUUAAGUUUACGUUCCUUGAAAGGAAGCUCAUUUUAUUUUUUGUUGUAUAUGAUUUUGUGUAAAAAUCUGUUUUUCACUUAAUGCUAUUGACAGAAAUAUUGAGGUUUUUUGCUUCUUAUUCUGGAGGUAUGACCAGCUUGAUGUAGUGAUGUUAAAUUUUUUUAUGUUUACAUCUAAAAUUAUAGAUAUCUAUCUGCACCUUUAUUGAAAAUUAAGGAAUGAAGCAAAGAGUUGAUCAGGGUUUUCAUAAGGAAGAAUAUAGUACUUAAUUAUUUUUUCCUAGAAGAACAAAAAUAUAUUCUGUGGCGUUAUUUUUUGUGUGGAAGGAACAUAAAUGGGUUAUAUUCUUUGUUCUAGCAUUUCCCCAUUUUCUUCUGACAGAUUAGUGUGACACUGAGCUGGAGACAGCAGGAUUUGACUAUGGAUAAGACAGAUGCUAGCCUGGAUUGUGUUUGUAUUCAGCUGCUAACCCUUCAUCCCUCUAAAGACAACAAGGUCUUUUGGCUCUUCAGACUUUACCAAGGAAGGUUCAAGUUGCAUGUAUAGCAAGUCCAGAGUACGAGCAAAGCCUGUCAGCAGAUGGGCAGCUGGGAGAGAAGUAGUGAAGUGAAGGCUGAAGCUUCACUUCAGUGCGGGACGGGGCUGGAGGGGAGAAGGAUAAAAGGGCACUGUGUAGAGCUUGUCAAAGGGGAGUAAGUAAGUGUUUUCAGGUAAUGUGUCUACCUUAUGGAAGGUGCAGAUUUAUCAUGAGUACUGGUGCAAAUUAUCAUGUAUGCGGAAAGUAAAGGUUUUGAUAUCUUCAGGGGUUUUUUUUAGGUUUCUAAAACUGGUUUAUUGCCAUUUUUUUUGGUUUUGAUUUCUCGUUCUUUUGUGCAAUAUUCACAGAAGUAUUAAACUACUGUUCAGUAUGUGUGUACAGAGGCAAUUAUGUGUUUCAACAAGUGAAUAAACACACACACACAAAAAACAAAACCACCCAGAAUUGCACUUUAAAUGAGCUUUAUUGCUUGGAUUUGUGCCUAAAAUAAUCUAGAUGCCUCCUGCUGUGUGUGGCUUUUGUUGGAAACUCAUUUUCCUGGUAGUGUGGCUGUUUCCAAGGUAUCUUCACAUCACUUUCACAGAAUUGAUAUGCACUCUAGUAUGUUUAAUAAGUACUCAUACAGCAUACUCAGUUUUUGUUGUGCAAUGACUUUAACUGUGGAAUUUUAAUACUGAUGAUUCAGAGAGAUUAUCCUGAAGCUAGCACUUCCUACUGCCAAUCAAGGACAAUGGCAAAAUUUCCCUAGGACUAGUGUAGCCCUCAAAUAAUAAUGUUCCAAUAUAUGUUUUUGUUCAAGAAACAAAGUGCAAUAUUAUCUUUCAGACUUUCUGGAAAUAAUCAAAAAGGCCCUGAAAAUCCAAAACAGCCCUGAAUUUUUCAUACAGUUACAAAAAAAGUGGGUUCCUCAACUUUACAUCUCAUAGCAGUGAGACUAGACAUAACAACUAGACUGCAUCAUAGAUCAGUAAAAUUAAUUCCAUUCUUGGAUCUAAUUGCUAAUUUGUUGUAAUGAUGCUAGAAACCCGAAUGCCAUUUGCGUGAUUUACUUUAGUUGCAUGUCACAACCAUAUGCACAUUCUGAAGUGUCAUGCAUACUUGGGUAGGUUGCAUGUUGGGGGGGGAGGUAUUUCUCUUUUUGCACAGCACAUAAUCCUCUUAAUAUGGACAUUUUCUCGUGAUACAAAUGGAAGUCUGCUCCUGAAUUAGGAUUGUGUAGCUAUUCCUUAUCUUGUUAUAGUGGCUUUUUUCUGAGCAGAGUGGAUUUAAUACAUUAUCCUGGUGGUAGGUUUCAGUAUAGUAAUCUUACAACUACACCAUCAAGGAAAUUCAGUCACUGUUGUGGUAAAGCUGCUCACUGCCUACGUAAUUAUAGAAGCACCACAAUAAAACCAGUAUAUUUCCAGUGUCAGUGAAAUCUUAAAUUCACUACUGGCUCAAACAAGAGGUACCCUUAUUAUCUGCUUUGUUGUUUUUGCUUUUUUAACCCAGGCCAGAGUAAAUACUGUAUAUUGGAAUUGGCUUGUAAAGUUGAUUUAAAAACCUGUAUUUAAAAAUUGUCUUCAAUGUUGCUCUAGUGAAUAAAAAUAAGUCAUAAUUCUAAUAA